AUGCACUUGAUGCUUCCCUACACGACAAACCCCACGCAGAUGCGGGCAUGCGAGCGGAUACGACUGCUCAACCCGAACGCCACCAGCGCGACGGGCCCGAACGUCGCGGUGCGCGAGCGGAGGCCGGUGUGCGGCGGGGUCCUGCACGGCUGGGACGCGGGCGCCGCGCGGGCCCUUCUGGAGCCGACGGGCCCCGUCCAGACCUGGGACCUCGCCUGGACGGAUGAGGAGGCGGACUGGGAGGCGCGCGUCCGCCGCUGCACCUGCCCGGAGGAAGUCGAGGAGCUGUUGCCCGCGAAAUGGAUCGGCUACCGUGUGGAGGGAGACGUGGAUGGGGCGCUUGCGCGGGUGUGUAGGCUGUGCACGGCAUUGGUGCAGCGCUUCGUGGCGCUCUCGACGGGGAACAACGCGAACGCGUCCACAGCAAAGUGGCGACAGCGCCAGGCACUUUAUGAUCGGCUGGGAGCUGUGAUGGAGUUGCUCGAGGCUUCUAUUGGCGGUGCCAUCCCAAUUCUGAAGCUGCAAGACACAGAGUUCAUUCGGCAGUGCUGGGAGCAGCUGCAAGAUGAGGAGAAAAUGGAAGUUAUGUCAGCCUUGGGUACUUCAGAUGAUGAAUAG